AUGUCCUCACCUGGUGCCAACGAUCCUCGAAGAGACGAUCUGGUUAAGUCAUCUUCCUACGCUUCGCCUCUACCGUACUCCCAGAAAGCAAUGGGUCUCCAUCCCCCUGCUCCUCAGAUGUCCUCGGCUGCUUCGUACUACAACUCCGCGGCGCCGUCUUACUAUGGCCAGUCGCUCAACAAUGUGUAUCUGUUAGGAAACAAAUAUUCCAUGCCUAACUUCCACUCUUCCCAGGACCCCUUUGCUGCUUAUCCUUAUACACUGACCACUUCCCAGCCCAUUUCCUUGCAGCAGCCCCUUCAGCAGCCUUUGCUGCUGCAACAGCAUUUACAACAACCUAUUCAACAGCAGCCUACUUUGCAACAGCCUGUACCUCUGCAACACGCUUUGCAACAGACCAUUCCUCUGCUGCUCUCCAUCCCGGUGCUGUUGAACCAACAGUAUGCUCAACAGAUGCCUCAGCAGAUUCAGCUGUACCAAUUUCAGCAACAUCAGCCUCAACCUCAGCCUACCUAUCAACAGCUACCUGCUCAGAUAGCUCCACCUUUGCAGCAGCCGUCGGCUGCUCCAGCCCUCUCUAGACUGAGCUCUGCCGUGCCUCAUCCCGCCCCGGUUACUCCAGCCAAUGCAUCUGCCACUAACGGGCACCAUGGAGAACCUAACAUGGCACCUCAGUCUGAGGAUUCUUUCGUAUACUUCAAGGACCCUGUUUUCCGCAGUAAGUCCCAGUCCAAGCAGAAGUAUAACACUAAAGCCAUCACGCCUUCAAAGCAAAUAAAGGGUCAAAGAAAGGGUAGGAAAGAAGCGGAUCCAAAGGACGCUUCUAAGCCUUUUGCCUGCUCCCAUCAGAAUUGUGAAUGGUCUUUUGCAAGACAAAGCGAUUUGCGUAGACACGAAAAGUCUCACAGCGAGCCAAUGUUCCACUGUCCCUACUGGCGUACUGAUCCAACUUGUCACAGGAACGGUGGUGCAUUCAAUAGGUUAGACGUCUUGAAAAGACAUUUACGUCUUGUCCACUUUGUCAAAGACAAGGAUCACAUGUACCCAGGAGCCGACCCAGGAUGGUGCCGCAGUUGUCAGAAAAUGUUCCAAACAUCGAAGCAUUUCGUUGAACACUGUGUUGAUUGCGCCAACCAAAUCUCGGUUGCUGAUUGGAGACUCGACAAAUCAGCUAAGCAAGAAGGUUCAGAUUCGAGCCUUCCAUUGUCGAACAUCGAUAACCAUAAAAAUGACGCCCAAAAGAAUGGCGACCAACCAAAAGCAUAA